AUGUGCUACAAGACCAACUACGAGCCUUACAGGAGUCAAAGCCUGGAUAUAAGACAAGAAGAGCGUUCAUCAGAAGAACUUCUCUACCCAUUAGGAGAUCUCUAUCCACAUGUCGUGGCUCUUCAACUACAAUCUGAGGAAAUCCCAUGGUCCAAAGCCAAGAACUUCUCUGGAUAUCAAGACAUCAGUUAUUGGGCCGAAGCUUCAUCACGGCCGCCUUCGGAGACUUCUUCGAAGUAUACCUCAUGCAGGUACAACAGCGACUCCACAGCCUCCAGAUUCGUCUCUCGCAUACGGCGCCUUCUCAGCCGAGAUGAAUUGCGCCGACGCCAGAGAGCGGCUUGA